AUGGCCAGCAUCCGUGACUUGAGCGCUGAGGAGCGCUUCUCCUUGGACGUUUGGCUGCAUCGCAAAGGCAUCCGGCCGACUUAUCGCAACGCCAAGCAGCUGUGCGACGCAGUGCACGUGGCAAGGAUGUUCAACAAGAUGCGGCCAGGAAUCGAUGACCUCACCAGCUACUCGCCGUGCUAUAGCCUGUCGCUGAACUUCUUGAACUGGCAAAUCUUCAAUCAGCGUGUCCUGCGCAAACUGGACAUGCACGUGUCUCCUGGGGACCUGGAAAAGCUGUCGUCGGGCUGCACGAAAGCCGUCGACUCUUUGCUCUUCACCCUGAUGUCCAAUGAGGCCCGCUUGAAGCCGAAAGAGGCUUAG